UCCGCCUCCCCUUCCCCGGAGAUCCGCCCCGUGGCACAAUUGUUAUCAGCGGGGUCUGAUACGGGCGUUGUGUACACACUGACAGCGGCGUGGUAGAUCUAGAGAAGGACUCUCGGCAGUCGCCCUCCCCAAACAAUCAGUUGAACUCUGUAGUUGACUAUGGUCCUCGGAGCUGUCGUGGGCAUCGUGUCCUCCCAGGUGCUGGGGGCACUGUGGUACUCCCCCAGGGUGCUGGGUAACGCCUGGAUGAGGGUCACAUACCCGGGGAAGACGGAGGAGGAAGUUCGUGCUGCCAACAACUGCUCCAAGGCGAUGCCGGUAGCCAUGGUCUCGUACGCUCUUCUCGGCUUCUUGAUCAACUUUGCAUUGGGGCCAUUGUUAAAGUCUGGAUCAUGUGUUGACGCGAUCGUGAGGGGCGUAUUGAUCUCCAUGGUAGUGACCUUGAUUGACGUCGCACAUUGCAUGUUUUCUGCUCGUCCAUUGGUCGGAUUUGUAAUUGACCACGCCUAUGAUGUGUUUGUCAUUACGUUGAUGUGUAUCUGCAUUGCUACCAUUGGAUGAAAUUGAUGUUUCAGUUGUGGACUAGUUGAUGUAAAUGAGUUUGAAGUUACGAAUUAUAUAGAAGAGAAGUGCAUUCUUUUUGAAAAAAGUAGUUUAAAAGAAAAGUAAUCAAUGUUACUGUAUAUUAGAAAAUAACAAUAGAUACAUGUUAACUUCAGAGUAGGAAGGCCAUAAUCAUUUUAAUUAUUACUUUGUUUUUAUCCUUUCUCGGUGAAAACACGCUCGAAUCACAAAAACUGUGUCCUGUGUUCAUUUAUUUUUUUUAAACCAGUCAUACUUUUUAUUUAUUUUUUUAGAAUUUGUUUUUGUUUUUAGUUUUUGAUUGUGUUACUUCCUCUUUUACUUAAUACAUGUAUGUUAAUAUUGACCUCUGUUAUUCAUUCAACAAUUAUAUUGUCGAUCUUUAGCUUAUCCCAGGGCCAUUGCAGACGGAUAGGAAGGUUCAAAUUUCAAUAAAGACUUUUUGUUUUAA